AUGGGACAUCUUUGUGUGGAUAAAAAUGGACUGCCAGUGAUGCGUCGUUGCCUUGGCCACAAUAAGUGGGAGGAUCUUGAGAACAUCACCUGUCAAUUCGAAAUGGAAGCCAACGAGUUGAGUCAACGUUUGAACAAACUAAAACUUGAACUCAAUGAGGAAUUGCCUGCAUUAGAUGAAACAUAUCGCAACAAUGUUGUGUACAAUACAUCGCAACUUCUUGGCAAGGCAAAACACAAAAUUCAGCCAGUGGAUGUUGUGAAUGUCAACAAAAUCAUCGAUGCUGUCACAAAGGAGAAAACAAAACAAAACGAUGCUGAGAGCUCUGCGAUCAUUGGACUCUACGAUCAAUUGAUGGACACGGAUAGCACAGUGUUGGAACUUUCGGCUCGACUAAAUGCCACCAAUAAUCUGCUCUACAAUUUCGAAGGCUACAUGGAUAAGUUGGGACCACAUUUGCAUGAUCUUAAGAGCUGUAAGCCACAGAACGCCCUUGUUAACAUAACGAAUCUGGUUGACAUGAGAGUCGCCAAAGGAUUGCAGAUUUUGGUUAGCCAAAAACUGAGCGUUUUCUAUAUAUUUCCGGAUUGUAAUCAAUACACUGGCAUUGCCAUCUACGAUCGUGCGGCACCGAACCGUUUGAAUUGCUUCCAUCAUUAUUACUGGUAUCGUUUGCUCUACGCCAAUGAAAGUGUUGAUUAUCUAAAAGCUGAACCUGGUCUGCAGACUGCGACUUUUCUGUCUCACGAACUGUGGCAAUCUGUGAAAAGUGCUGGAGCUACGUAUCUGAUCUUUAAGAUUUAUGCCAACAAUGCGUUCUUCAUUGAGAAACUGCCACCAAAAGAAAGAUCAAAUUUACAGAGCCAUGUGCUGUCAAUAAGCAUACCUCAGGUGUCGAAUGAGCUGCCACAUCAAUUGGUUUUCCUGCUACGCAGUCUGAAGCAGGCCCAAGUGCUUAAGGAAUCUCCUCAGCUGAAUUACUAUUGUGGCUACUGGGACUACGUUGGCUGGCAGACGAACGGAGUGACGACCAGACAAAACAAUGCCUCACAAGACGAAGAUGCAAUUGUUGUGUGCCACACGAAUCACUUGACGCAGUUUGGGCUGCUCGUUGGCAGCAGCUUUAAGCAGUUGCCGGUGCAAGCAGAUGCGAUGCAACUGCAUCAUGAAUGCGUUCUUGAUAUGGUGACAGCCGUUGGCUGUGGCCUCUCACUGUUCGGUUUGAUGGCCAUUUGGCUGACGGCCAUGUUGUCCGAUAGAUGGCGCUCGCAGCAUGCGACGAAACUGUUGCUGAAUCUAAGUCUGGCGAUGACACUGCUUUUUGGCAUGUUGCUGCUCGUGUAUAUCAAUGAGUGGGUUUUGCGUUUUGCAUUCAAUGUGCAUCGUGUUGCAUGCAUCGCCUUGGGUGCCACGCUGCAGUAUCUGGUGCUGUUACUGUUCACCUGGAUGCUGCUCAUUGGCUACUUGCAGUAUCGGCGACACGUUACCGUCCUGAUGGUGAGAUCCGAGCAUGUGGUGCUCCGCAUGGCCACUAUUGCCUGGCUCGUGCCUCUGCUGCCCACUCUCCUGUUGCUCUUCCUCGACCGCAAAUCGUAUGCACCCAUCCUUUAUCGGCCCGGGGAUAUUGCAACCGUGUGUUAUCCAUCCGGUACAGGUUUAAUCUACAGCAUUCUGUUGCCCAUCGGUUCGGUGUUAAUCAUUAAUAGCUGCGUGCUCUGCCGCAUUAUCCACAGCGUCUCUCGGCUGCGACAUCGCAAUAGGCAACUCGUCUGGCAGCAACUGAAUCUCUUUAUGUUGCUCUUUUCACAGCUCGGCUUGACUUGGAUCUUUGGCAUUUGCUCGUACUUUCGACUCGGAUUGGUUUUCAAUUAUCUCUUCUGCAUUAUGGGCACAGUCCAAGGAUUCAUACUUUUUGUCUACUUCAUCUUGCUGGAAACCAACGCACGCAAUGUCUGGCUAAAGCUUUUGACUGGCAGACGACAAGUUCAAUCGACCACUUAA